ACGCUGCUGCGCGCGCUGGCCGCGGCCCUGGGCGCGCUGCCCGCCCCCCAGCUGGCGGCCGCGAUGCGCGACGCCGCCGAGGCGCAGCUGCGGGAGCUGCGCGCGCUGAUGGCCGCCGACGGGGAGAUCAAGAAGGGCACGCGGUCGGACCCCGUGCUGUGGCUGGACCGGCUGGCGGCGCUGUUCCGAGACGUGGACGUGCCGCCCGCCGCCGUCACCUCGCAGGACGCGCACCCCUGCCUGCCCGCGCUCACAGACUCCUGGCCCGUCUUGUACGACGUUAUGAAAAAGUGGGUGUCGCAUAGUCGCGUGGUGGAGCGCGCGUGCCGCUGCUUGCGGUUCGGCGUGCGGUGCGUGGGCGCGGGGUGCGCGGCGCUGCUGCCGGCGCUGUGCACCGCGCUGCCGGCGCUCUACAACGCCCACCCGCACGGCUGCGUGCUGUACGUGUGCGGCGUGCUCUGUGACGUCACCGCCCGC